AUGGCACCUCUGUUCACCACCUGAAUCCAGUUGCUGCUCCUGCAGUUGGUCGGCUCCCUUGGCCUAGUAGGCUGAGCAGCUCCAGCCUUUCGCGGCCCCAAGUUUGGGUCAAAGACCACCUGGCCUGUGACUGAACCAUUACUCCUGCUUUUGGGUGUGCAGCUGGCCAAGCUAAUCCCACAGAGGAAGCCAUAUAAAUUUUAGGAUUCUUUGAAGGAAGCUCAUGCUGUAGAUAAAAAACUUGCAAAGAAGCAGGAAGAUGAAGCCACCCUGGAAAAAAAAUGGCCCUUGUUUUGGGUUCCUUUGACAGUCAAGGAAGCUUUCCAGCUACAAGACAAACACAUAAACAAAGAGAAUAGUUUGGUGAUUACCAAACAGGAAGAAUGUGUGCAAUUUGUAGAUCUGCUUGAUGACCAUGGAAAGCCUAUCAAUACUCUGUGGCAAUUGAUCAAAUGGUGCCUGGGCCUGUCACUGCACACUAUCCCUUCUGUAGGACUGGCCAUGUUGGAGGAAAACCUCAAAUAUAGCAGUGAGAAACACAAAAAGUUUAAGGCAGUGGAAGGAAGCCUGCAUAAAGAGCUGGUGGAAAUGCUAGGUGAUGAUGGUAUCUUCUUACAUCCCUCCCAUCCCACAGUGGCUCCCAAGCAUCGUGUUCCUCUGACAAGGCCUUUCAACUUUGCUUAUACAGACAUUUGGUCCCUGCCAAAAUGUCGUGGACAGUUAGUCCUAUCCAAAACAUCCAUGAGCAUAUUUGGUCCAUACCAAAUCGUUAUGGACAGAACCAAAUAUCAAGGACCUCUUGGUGUGGACCGAAUGUCUCCAUGGACAUUUUGGACAGGACCAAAUGUGACCAGAUAUCAAGACCAUUUUGACAUGGAUCAAAUGUCUGAUGGACGUUUUGGACAGGACCAAAUGGUCCUUCAGGUAUCAAAGACCUCUUGGCAUGGACCAAAUGUCUGA